AUGCUCAAUGAAAUCCCCCAAGAGAUCCUGGCAGCGCUGCCCUAUGAUUGGUCCGGAGGCCGCCUGCUCUUCUUCUGCAGUCUAAGGGUGGUCUUCAUCCCCCUCUUCGUCAUGUGUGUUUACCCGGCCAGCGCCCCCACCCUGUCUCACCCCGCCUGGCCCUGCAUCUUCUCCCUCCUCAUGGGAGUCACCAACGGAUACUUCGGGUCCGUGCCGAUGAUCCAGGCCGCGGGGAAAGUGCCGCCCGAACAGAGAGAGCUGGCAGGAAACACCAUGACGGUCUCCUACAUGUCGGGUUUGAUGUUGGGCUCCGUCGUGGCGUACGCCGCUUACAGCUUCGCCGCUCCAGCAUCAGAACCACCCUUCUCCACACUCAGCAUACAUGCCAAUGCUACCGGGUACUGAAUGUCUAAACACAAUUAAAAAAAACACACACACAUACCUGCAUCCAUUCACACACACACAUAACAUCCAGAAGAAGCAGACUGGUGGACUAGAGCUGCAGGAAAGGAGAAGAAAAAACUCUAAAGUUCAUGUGUAUACUCUGAGAUUGGUUCUCUUUGUCCAGAUCAUUUUUCGAUUUGGCUUUCUAGAUAAAUAAGUGGAAGAAAAGAUGAAGAAUAUUAUGUAAAACAGUGAAAACGUAGCACUCUGUUGGUUCACUGACCUUCAAAUGUCACGUCUCUGUUUCCCCGGAGGAGAGGAGCUGUUCGUCUGUCAGGAAGCCAACAGAAGCCCUUUGAGUGUGUCACCGUCAAAUGAUUGUCUGCACGUGUGUGUGAACACACCGGCUGACAUUUUGUACGGUGUAAAGUCAAGCGGCUUUUCGCUGCAAGGAAAGAAACAGCUUUCAUAACGACGGGUCACAUAUGUUACAUUUCACCAUGUGGAGAAAAUAUGUCAGUGUGAUUUUUCUGGAUCAGUUAUUUCAGAUUUUCUUUUCUUGAUUAUAAUCGUUGAGAACUUGGAUCAUUUAAAAACAAAAGCUACUUAAAAGGAACCCAAUUAUAUUCACAGUGAAAUAGAACCUCAUAUCUAAGGUGACUUAUUUGCGAUUGUCAUGGAGUUAUGAGACAGAUUUAAAGGGAUAGUUUUGGGAUUUUUUAAGUGGGGUUGUAUGAGGUACUUAUCCACAGUUAGCGUUUUAUCUAUAGUAGAUGUUGUUUUGAAAGCCCCCAGUUAUUUAUUGGAAGGAAGCUAACUUAAUUACGCAGUCGGGAUAACAGCGAAACGUAUUUUAGACACCCAAAUAAAAGGCCCAUCUAAAAAAGCGAUAUCAGGUUAAGUGUGUGCUAUAUUUUGAAGAUUUGUACCGCUUUACUUUGCUGUCAUACAACCCGUUCCUAAGGGAGAUUAAAGCCUUUAUCAAUGCUGUAUUGAACAAAACACACAAAAAGAGCAAAGACAGAGUUUAAAUAUUUGAGUAUUUAAACCAUGGGUCUCAAACUCAAAUACACAGUGGGCCAAAAUUCAAAAAUGGGUACUAGUCGAGGGCC